UCUGUUUCUUCCUAUAGGUGGAUGGAAAGGGGUCCAUCAAAGAGCUCUUCCCAACAGGAAAACAGCUGGAGCCCUUAGUUGCACCUCUGGCAGAUGGAAAAGUGGCUGUGGGCCAGGAUGAUCUCACCGUAGUACUCAAUGAGGAAGGAAUCUGCACACAGAAAUGUGCCCUGAACUGGACGGACAUACCAGUGGCCAUGGGUCAAACAUUAUCUAUGUGACCAGCAAUCAUUUUGUUUGGAGACUCAUCCCUGUCCCGAUGGCAACCCAAAUCCAACAACUUCUCCAGGACAAGCAGUUUGAAUUGGCUCUGCAGCUCGCAGAACUGAAAGAUGAUUCCGACAGUGAAAAGCAGCAACAAAUUCAUCACAUCAAGAACUUGUAUGCUUUCAACCACUUCUGCCAGAAGCAUUUUGAUGAGUCCAUGCAGGUCUUUGCUAAACUUGGCACAGAUCCCACCCAUGUGAUGGGUCUGUACCCGGACCUGCUGCCCACAGACUACAGGAAGCAGUUGCGGUAUCCCAACCCACUGCCUGUGCUCUCUGGGGCUGAAUUGGAGAAGGCUCGCUUAGCUCUGAUUGACUACCUGACACAGAAACGAAGUCAAUUGGUAAAGAAGCUGAACGACUCUGAUCACCAGUCAAGCACCUCCCCACUCAUGGAAGGCACUCCCACCAUCAAAUCCAAGAAGAAGCUGCUACAAAUCAUCGACACCACCCUGCUCAAGUGCCAUCUCCAUACGAAUGUGGCCCUGGUGGCCCCCUUGCUACGCCUGGAGAACAAUCACUGCCACAUUGAGGAGAGCGAGCACGUGCUGAAGAAGGCUCACAAGUACAGUGAGCUUAUCAUCCUGUAUGAGAAGAAGGGGCUCCACGAGAAAGCUCUGCAGGUGCUCGUGGACCAGUCCAAGAAAGCCAACUCCCCUCUGAAAGGCCACGAGAGGACGGUGCAGUAUCUGCAGCGUCUGGGCACAGAAAACCUGCAUUUGAUUUUCUCCUACUCAGUGUGGGUGCUGAGAGACUUCCCGGAAGAUGGCCUGAAGAUAUUUACUGAAGAUCUCCCAGAAGUGGAGUCUCUGCCACGUGAUCGAGUCCUCGGCUUCUUAGUAGAGAAUUUUAAGGGUCUGGCUGUUCCUUAUCUGGAACACAUCAUCCACGUUUGGGAGGAGACAGGCUCUCGGUUCCACAACUGCCUGAUCCAGCUGUACUGAGAAAAGGUGCAAGGUCUGAUGAAGGAGUAUCUCCUGUCCUUCCCUGCAGGCAAGACCCCAGUCCCAGCUGGAGAGGAAGAGGGUGAACUGGGAGAAUACCGGCAAAAGCUCCUCAUGUUCUUGGAGAUUUCCAGCUACUAUGAUCCAGGCCGGCUCAUCUGUGAUUUUCCCUUUGAUGGCCUCUUAGAAGAACGAGCUCUCUUGUUGGGGCACAUGGGGAAACACGAACAAGCUCUUUUCAUUUAUGUCCACAUCUUGAAGGAUACAAGGAUGGCUGAGGAGUACUGCCACCAACACUAUGACCAAAACAAAGAUGGCAACAAAGAUGUGUAUCUGUCCCUGCUUCGGAUGUACCUGUCGCCCCCCCCCAGCAUUCACUGCCUGGGGCCAAUCAAGCUGGAACUGCUGGAGCCAAAAGCCGACCUCCAGGCUGCCCUGCAGGUCCUGGAGCUGCACCACAGCAAACUGGACACCACCAAGGCCCUCAACCUUCUGCCAGCAAACACUCAGAUCAAUGACAUACGCAUCGUCCUGGAAAAGGUCUUGGACGAAAAUGCACAAAAGAAACGGUUCAAUCAAGUGCUCAAGAACCUUCUCCAUGCAGAGUUCCUGAGGGUCCAGGAAGAGCGGAUUUUACACCAGCAGGUGAAGUGCAUCAUCACAGAGGAGAAGGUGUGCAUGGUGUGUAAGAAGAAGAUUGGAAACAGUGCAUUUGCAAGAUACCCCAAUGGAGUGGUCGUGCACUACUUCUGUUCCAAAGAGGUAAACCCAGCUGACACUUGAGCCCAGCAUCUUGGGGAUCCAGCAGAUGGACAGCUUGGCUCUCCCAGAGAGGUGAAGGAGCACCUGGCCUUAGGAAUCCUGGCUGCCACCACCACAAGGCUCCCUGUUUGGACAUUACUGGCUAUCUUGUGCCCUGGAACAACUCUGAAUUAAUUAGACUCAUGGUCUGGCAUUGCCAGCUUUUUAAUGGGAAAAGAGAUUAGUUAUACCUUAUACCAUUAUCCUGUGGGCAAUUCCAGAGAAUUCAGUACCUGCUUGGUCAGGAGGAGGUGCCCCAUCUCGCCUUUGCAUACCAGUCACCUGAACCUGGAAACUUGUCACAAGUGUUUGUAAUCAUGGGGUUGUUCAUCAAGGGCUUUUCUAUUAAGGUAAGUAUACAACUUCACAAGGACCCCUCAGCAUGGCUCACUGGAGAGUUCCAUGAGAGAACAGUGCUCAAGCUUCUGGCCACGUGGACCCGAUGGCUCACGUUCUGUGUAGUGUUUUACCUCCGCAUGGUAGCCAUGCCCUGCACCCCUCGGUAGCCGCCCUAUUAGUUUUCAGUCUCCUGUUCUUUCUCACCAUUUAUCACUUCCCUCACUGUCCUACCCAGGCUUUCUCUCCCACUCACUUCCCUGACUCUGGGAAUAACUAAUAUUUAUGCAAGGUAAGAUGAGAAGCAAGGGGAAGUCUCGGUUCCUAGGAUUACAGUGCUAGUUGAUUGUCGGGUAUGUUGUAAAUAGACCCUCUUUGGCCAUACACUCCAUGCCUAGAUGCCUCAGAGAGCACCAUUCUCUGCCUAGGCCAGGCCCUGCAUCCUCGCCUCAGGCCGGGCCGAGUGUGACCGCAGCUCCUGCGGAUGGGCCUGCCCUGUCUGGGGUAUGCGUGAUCCCUAGACACAUGUUCCCUGCUCCGUUUUCGCUCACCAGACACUCAGGCGAGCUGGCUCAGUCUUUGUGAGUGGCGAUGUUGUGCUCUGGGCCCUUUCUCUUUUUCCAGCCAGUUUCCAUUCACUUGCCUUACAGCCUGCCCUGGCUCCCCAGCUUUGUUCGGCAGUGGUGUGGUUGGAGGGUUGUGCUGGGAUAGCGCAGGAAGGUGGGUCCCGGCAAGACACAGGGGAUGAGCGGACCUGGAACUGACAAUGGCGUGCUGCCAAGUGUUCCUGAGAGGUGUUCAGGCACAGCAGAGAGGACGGGGGGGGGGGGGGGGGGGCAAGAACAGCAGCACACCGGUUUAAAAAUAACUCACAGCCACACCUGUGGAGCAGUGUGGGGGAUCCUGCCAGAGGUGCACAGGCUGGAGUUUCAGGCACUGCAGGCUGAGGACACACAGGGAGAGUGGCCCUGCCUCCUGUCCUCCCUGGGGUUUUUGCAGACUCGAAGUCUCACUGCACCAGUGUCUUCGAUGGUAGUGGGGUGGGUGAUGGUCAACACUGACAGUUUUAGUGGCCUGUCCUUGACAUGCCAUG